GCCACUGGGCCGCGCCCGUCCGGCGCGCGCUUCCUGUGAGGUCAGGUGGGAGGAAACCGCCUGGAGCCGCCGGGAGUGGACGCCGCCGAGGCCGGGAGUCGCUCCUGCAGGUACAGCCCAUCAGGGACCGGCAGCGCCUGGGAGGAUGGUGCGGAUCUUGGCCAAUGGGGAAAUCGUGCAGGAUGACGACCCCCGAGUGAGGACCACUACCCAGCCACCAAGAGGUAGCAUUCCUCGACAGAGCUUCUUCAACAGGGGCCAUGGUGCUCCCCCAGGGGGUCCUGGCCCCCGCCAGCAGCAGGCAGGUGCCAGGCUGGGUGCUGCUCAGUCCCCCUUCAAUGACCUCAACCGGCAGCUGGUGAACAUGGGCUUUCCGCAGUGGCAUCUCGGCAACCAUGCUGUGGAGCCGGUGACCUCCAUCCUGCUCCUCUUCCUGCUCAUGAUGCUUGGUGUUCGUGGCCUCCUCCUGGUGGGCCUUGUCUACCUGGUGUCCCACCUGAGUCAGCGGUGACCUCUGGGGGCUGAUGGGGGUGGGCCUGUUGAGAGGGACUUGCUGGGCCUUGGUGUGAGAGCAGGCGUAUUUGGAGGGGAUCUGGUGGUGCCUUGAAGGUGUGAUCAGAGAGGGGACCACAGGUGUGUGUUUCCCCCUUGUGUUAAGCAUGAGGCAGAGGGAGACGUUAGUCCAGCAUUCCCAAAGUGUGGGUGGAUCCACUGGUUCCCGAGAUAUUUUUAGGUGGUAUGGGGCCUGCAUUAAGUGGCACAAAAUCAGAGCAAGAAAGUGAUGCCCUUCCCAGUUCUCUCAAUCCUUUUAUGCCGAGAAGAUCUCAGCUGGAUGCCAACAUGUUCCGAUGCCUGUGGAAGACAUGCCGACGUCUCCUCUGUCUAGGGAGCAGGACUUGGGCUUAGGGCAGGUGGGAAAAAUUCCAGACUUUUAUAGCACUGUUUUUGUUUUAAUGGUAUAUUUUUAUUGGCUACUUAUUGUUUAGGACAAGUGGUACUGGCAUUCUAUUUAUUGUGACAUUUUCAAUAAAUAGAUUUAAGUAAAAAUGA